AUUGCGAACACAGCCGGUGUCUCGUGCAGGGGGCGGGCUGGCGUCAGUCUUUCCCGUCUGGAGUCUGACGCACUCCGCCAGCCAAUAAGCUCAUGUAGCACUUCGGCGCCCGAGCCCGCUGUGGAGGCACUAGGCAGGAGUUCUUCAAAUAAAGAUGGCAGAUGUUGUCGAAGGAGACGGCACUUGCUCCGCUGGUCCUUCCACGCUUCACUCGGCGGCUCUCAACGGCUCCGGCAUGAGCUCGGGGACCUGCGCCGGCGGCAUCGUCGCGACCACGGUCACCUCCGGGCCUCGGCUGGUCCGCAUCGUCAAGUCGGACUCGGGCUAUGGCUUCAACGUCCGCGGGCAAGUAAGCGAAGGAGGGCAACUAAGGAGCAUCAACGGAGAACUUUACGCCCCGCUGCAGCACGUCAGCGCCGUGUUACCGGGCGGCGCGGCAGACCGAGCCGGAAUCUCAAAGGGCGACCGUAUUCUUGAAGUAAAUGGGGUGAAUGUGGAAGGGGCCACUCAUAAGCAGGUGGUAGAUCUCAUCCGAGCAGGAGAGAAAGAGUUAGUCUUGGCCAUCCUGUCGGUUCCUCAGCCAGAGAUGGACAGCCUUGAUCCCGGGGACGAUGGCUCAUCUCAGUCCUGCUAUGACUACAGCGACAAGCAGGCCGUGCCCAUCUCCGUGCCCACCUACAAACAUGUGGAACAGAACGGAGAGAAGUUUGUAGUCUACAACGUGUACAUGGCAGGCAGGCAGUUGUGCUCAAAGCGUUAUCGGGAGUUUGCCAUCUUGCAUCAGAAUCUGAAGAGGGAAUUUGGCAACUUUGUGUUUCCCAAGCUGCCGGGGAAAUGGCCUUUCUCCCUGUCUGAGCAACAGCUAGACGCUCGCAGGCGAGGGCUGGAGGAAUACUUGGAGAAAGUGUGUUCUGUUCGGGUAAUCGGAGAGAGUGACAUCAUGCAGGAGUUUUUGUCGGAGUCUGAUGAGAAUUAUAAUGGUGUUUCUGAUGUGGAGCUAAGGAUAGCCAUGCCAGACAAAACUACAGUUACGAUCCGGGUGCGAAAGAAUUGCACAACAGACCAGGUCUACCAGGCUGUUGUAACAAAAAUUGGGAUGGACAGCAUUACUGCAAGUUAUUUUGCUCUGUUUGAAGUCAUUAACCACUCCUUUGCACGCAAGCUGGCCCCUAAUGAGUUCCCACAUAAGCUGUAUGUGCAGAACUAUACAUCUGCCAUCCCAGGCACCUGCCUCACACUUCGCAAGUGGCUCUUCACCACAGAAGAAGAGAUUCUGCUCAACGACAAUGAGCUGGCCAUCAACUAUUGCUUUCAUCAGGCUCUGGAUGAUGUGAAAAAGGGAUUCAUCAAAGUGGCAGAGAAAUCCUACCAGCUCCAAAAGCUCACUGAACAGAGGAAAAUGACCAUGUAUUUAAGUAUUCUGAGGACUUGUGAGGGCUACAAUGAGAUCACUUUCCCGCACUGCUCCUGUGACUCACGUAGGAAAGGUCACGUUGUUACAGCGAUAAGCAUCCGCCACUUUAAACUCCAUGCGUGCACCGAGGAUGGCACUCUAGAGAAUCAGGUGAUAGCUUUUGAAUGGUCGGAGAUGCAGAGAUGGGACACGGAUGAAGAGGGAAUGGCUUUCUGUUUCGAGUACGCGCGAGGGGAGAAGAAACCUCGCUGGGUCAAAAUCUUCACUCCAUAUUUCAACUACAUGCACGAGUGCUUCGAGAGAGUCUUCUGUGAGCUCAAAUGGAGAAAAGAGGUUGAGGAGGAGGCCAUAGACAAGGACAAUAAGAACUGCAGUAAAGAUGGUAUGUGUGGUAAGAAUAUCUUCCAUCUGUUGAGACACAGAAGGGAUGGAGGCACAUGAACGAAGAGAUCAUCUCCUCUUGAAUUCUGAUACACGCACACGUACACUAAAAGCUGCAUACAGAGACUCAGAAAACAUUUAGAACCAGUCCCAUAUUCUUAAACGUACUCCACUACUGAUACACACUUACUGAAAUAGGAAGAUACGAAGCAGGAAAUAAUACAACCACAGUAUAACGAUCAAAAUAUGGAACUACGGGAGACUUUUAGAGACUCACGCCAUCAUUUCACUGGACUGGACAGAAUUCUGUUGGACGUAGUGACUGCCAGGGAGAGAUGACACUGAAAGACUGUGAUGCUCCAGUAGACAGACAUGGUGAAGUGAUGUCUGAUGAACACACCCUGGUCGUUGACAUGGCACCGGCAUUUGUGACUAAUUCACAAGACGCGGUCUUCAGAUGCAGACAGCUGAGAGACUGAACUGUGCUUCUGUGGAGUGUGUCAAUAUAAAGACGUGUAAAGGUCGGCGGUCUGACUAAUGCGUCAUCCUGACAGUAACACGCGCAUCUGUGAGGGGCAGGGAUGCUCUCCCAGAAUCUAUCAAUUCAACAAGCAAAAACCAUUACUCCAUUUUCCACUUGGACAAUCAGAGUGAGAGAGGGAAAGAGAAAACAAGCCUUCUCAAGUGAGUAGAAACAAGGGCAAGAGAGACGGAUCAAUACUUUCCAUGCUUUUCCACACUAAUUUGUCUCUUACCUCACUAUUACCACUGUGUUGGUUGUAGGUUUGUACAGAUUUUCAGCCUUUAGCUGAACCGAGGUCUUUAAUUUAAUUCUUGUGUGUGUGUGUGUGUGUGUGUGCUCUCAUCUGCCUUUUAUUCUCCAAAGCAGUAUUUGAUUGCAUUAGCCAUCGUCAGGCCCAGAUGGAAUUUCGGUGCUGAUUUAAUUGGAAAUUUCUGCUGGUUAAAUGUGCUACAAUUGGUCAGUGACGUGAUGCUCUUUUUCAAAUUUAUGUCUCAAUGUCUUGUAAAAGGCUUUUGUCCUUUCUGACACAGUAUUUGAAGGCUCCUAGUAUUAGUUUUACUAGCUAGUAUUAUUAUUAAAUUGCUUUUGAUAUGCUUUGCUUUAAUUAUUACAAUGCUGCUUGUUGUCAAACUCUUUUAUUAAUUAAGAGUCGGUAUAUUAUGUGCAUUAGUCACAACUGUUCUAAAAAUGUCAAGAACUGUGUAGACUUAAUUACAGGAAAAAGCUCAAACAUUUGAUUCUUCAUUUAUUUUUAUGAUUAUUUUAAUUGAACUAUAAAUUAAAUAGUUUUUAAUCAUCCUGGGGCCGUGUGAGAAGUUUGCAGAGGUGUCCCCAGACCUCUGCUUUAGAAUCACUGAUAUACAUAUUUUUCCAUACCAUAUGAAACAAACUUUAAUAUAAAAAGUGAUUUGAAAUACUUUUUUUUUUUUUUUUUUUUACAACUUUUUUUAAUGGGCAUGUCAAUGACCCAAACACAGCUGAAGGUAACUUUAUUAGUAGCUGAAUGCAUGAUCAAAUAAGACAUUAUUGUAUAAUGUUUAAAAUGAACGCUCAAGGGCUGGUGAAUAUGAAACUGCAGAGAUUCUGUGUGGGUCUGGUCAUGGCUGUAGAACACCUGCCCACUGAUCAUCUGUACCAGUGCUGUGUGGGUGUUCACACUGCUUAUAUAUGACUUGAGUUGUAUUAAGUGUUAAAAAUGUGAAGCACUGACUUGGAAAGCCAGCAGUGUUAGUUAUAUGUUCAUAUUGGGCUGUUUAGUUUGAGAGUUUCAGGAUGCAAUGCCUUCAUCCGGCAGUAGGUGGCUCUGACCUCACAGGAAGCGGUCUGCAUCAAACCAGAUGUGAGUGUUAAUCCUUUGACUGACUGUUUUUCAGUGUUACUUAUUGUAGCGCAGGCGCAUACAAACCUGUCACUCCAGAGCAGUCAUGACAUGUUUUGCACUUUUUAAAUGACAUGUGAUGUGUGUGAUGCGAGUUAAAGACUGACAGCUUGCCAUUUCUGUCCUGCACUGUUCCAUUAUGUUUCUCGAUCAUCGCAUUCAUUGACUUUAAAGGGAUAUUUUGGGUUUUAAACACAAGAUGAGCCCAUUUGAUGAAACUUUUGCCACAAAGACUAUUACCACCAAAAGUAUUAUACAAUACAUAUUUUAUUGUGAAAUCACAUAAUUUUCUGUUGUUUUGAAGCUAUGGUCAUUUCUAAACCCUGAAAUGACUGACACAAACAAUUUUUUUAAGCUCAAAUACUGCAAGUUUUACCAAAAUACUGCUGUGUUUUGUUUUUUAAUAAAAUACGUUUCAUAUUUCUGGUUUUAAAUCUUCUCAAAAUUGGCUCCAUGUUAACUUUUUUUGUUUCUUUUUGUCCCCCCUUGAAAUAAAACCAAAAGGGCAAAUCAAAAAUAUUCACAGAUUCAUGCAAAGCCUUUGCAUAAGCAUAUGGUUCAAAUAUCUCUUAUUUCUUGACAGAUGGUUUGUCAUAGACUCCAAGAUGAGACUUUUACCUGUGUCUGUGCGUAUCUCUCCCCCUCUCUCAUGUAUUCUCUCUAUCUGGUUGUCUUUCUCUAUUGACUGAUACUUUAAUUUAUUUGAAUAUGAAACUCAAUUACAAAUAUCUCUGUGUACAGUAUUUUCAGCGGUGUGAGUUUUUGAGUAACCUUUUCAAAAAUAAGGCACAAAUGCAUUUAUAAAGUGACAGUAAACUGAAAUAAGCAAUGGGGCACAUACUGCUAAUAAAAAAAAGAAAAAAAAAAGCAAAACGAGCCGGAUACCUGGAGGGGGUUUUGAAACCGAAAUCUCAAGCUGAUAUGACUUGAUGUAAAAGCAAAAUGUUUGGUCAUAGCAUUAUGAAAUGUAACAUAUUCUUUUAAAUAAAUUGAUUUAUUGAUUCAA